AUGGCCGAGUCGGCUGGACCAACUAGAUCGGAUACAUUGCUCGGUUUAAAGCUCGACGGGGGAUUUGUAGCCAACCCGACCCAGGACGCCGACGCGGCCUGGCCCAUCCCCAGGGUCAUCAUCAUCGGCGACGGCACGACGCUCACGUCGAGGAUAUUGCCCGUGUAUAUGAACGUCUUCUUGGUUGGGCCCUUUUCUCUGGGCAACGCCGUCCACCCGCCCACGGCCUGCUGCGCCGCGACACACGCACACGACAGCGUCCAAAGGCGUCGAGAAGAUCGAGUCCCAGGGAGCAGCGAGUCAUCUCAGAGUACGGUCGGAAUGGGCAACAACCUCACCACCGUCGGCGUGAUUGGCGACUCGUUCGGCAUCACCAACCCUGGCCAACGGUCCUGGUUGAUUGCGGGCUACCAGUUCGGCAACAAGAACCUCUUUGUCGUCGGCUGGCAGGAGCCGUACGUCGGCGUUUGUCUGGUGCUCGGGCUCUUGUUCGCAGCGGCCUUCUUCAGGGUCGAGAUCUAUCAUGCAAAGUCUCCGAUCCUCCCCCUCGCGGCGUUCAAUCCCGACAUUGCUUUUGUCUUUGCGUGUACGGCAACAGGCUGGGCGUGUUUUGGCAUAUGGGUCUUCUAUAUCGGACAGGUCGCUCUCGACGUUGGAGGCAACACGCCUCUCCAGAUGGCAGCCUGGUUCAUACCGGUGAUCCCGUCCGGUCUGACCUCAGCCCUCGCGGUGGGCAAGUUGCUCGGCAAAGUCCCUGCCUCGUGGAUCAUGGUCGUCGGACAAGUCGCCCAUGUGGUCGGCUCCAUCCUCGCAGCGGCGCGACCUGUGCAUUCGACAUACUGGACCUACUACUUCUUCAGCGUCCUCAUCAUCACCGUCGGCAUGGAUACCUCGUUCCCCUCGGCCACGAUCAUCUUCUCCAACGCCGUCCCUCAACGAUACCGGGGUAUGGGCGCGUGUAUAGUCAUGAUUGUGGUCAAUUACAGCGUAUCGCUUGGUCUCGGCUUUGCCGGCACGAUCGAAACAAACAUCAAUCAUGGCGGGUUGACCGGCGCCGACAUGCUUUUCGGCUACCGCGGUGCUCUUUGGUUUGCGGUUGGGCUAGCUGGUCUCGGCCUGUUGCUGAGCCUUGUCUUUGUCGCGAAAUCGUCCUCGAAGGACGGAUCCAAAGGACAACAUUGA